AUGGGGAAGCCCUUGCAGGUCCUUUUUCUCUGUCUGAUCUUUACUGUGCUCCUCAAACUUGGUCAAGGAGCCAGACAGGGACAGGAUAUCAAGUGUGGAGCAUGUAGGGCCUUGGUGGAUGAAAUGGAAUGGGCCAUUUCUCAAGUGGAUCCUAAGAAAAUGAUCCAGACGGGAUCGUUCAGGAUCAACCCUGAUGGAAGCCAAUCUGUACGAGAGGUUCCUUUCGCCCGCUCUGAGGGUCAUCUGCUGGAGCUGAUGGAAGAGGUGUGUGAAAACAUGAAGGAUUAUGGGGAACGUGUGGACCCCAACACUAACCGCAAGACCUAUGUGAGAGUUACCUCCCGUGACGGCACAGCCAUGGAUCUCUCAGAUGCAGCCUUAGACUCCAGAGUCAGCUCCAGCCUGAAGUUUGCUUGUGAAACCAUUGUUGAGCAACAUGAAGAUGAAAUCAUUGAAUUCUUUUCCCACGAAACGGACAAUGUUAAAGAUAAACUCUGCAGCAAGCGAACAGACCUUUGUGACCAUGCGUUGAAAAUUCCUCACGAUGAGCUAUAACCCUGAGCUCUGUACCACUGCACUCCAUCCAGAGGUCACCUGAGGUCCAAGGUUGUGCUGCAGUGUCUCAUGACUGACUUCUCUGACACCACACCUCUGGACUGUGGUCAGAGCGAGGAUUCCAACCCAUCUAGUAGAUCCGUUCCAGUAGAUCUGCCCAACCUGUGAUAGCUUAGACAACUCACUUACUCCAGUUCACUCAACUUUUAGAUAUUUUGGCUGAGCUGUGUUUGAAUUGACUUUGGACUGUGUGCUGAUUCUAACGAGCCAUAGAACUUCGGCCACACUCCGAACCGGACAGUCUUUUGGGACCACUCUGUGAGAUGUAAUUUCCCUCGACGUGCAGGAAGCCAGUCAGUUGUGUCCAAGUAAUGUUUGUCAGUGCUCGUUGCUGACAUCAUCAUGUCCUGUACAUCUGGGUUUUGUCACUGCCUUGAGAGCUUAUAAAGAUAUGCCUACU